AUGGACCCGGAAAAGGCUUCCACAGCCCGCCAAGGCGACCACAUCACACCCGAACCGGACUACAGCAGCUAUGACUACCCGCUGCCCACCAAGCCAGAGAGCGCAGCCCACGAUGGUGCAGCGGCGGUCAUAGGCAACGACCUGAUUCCCUCCGUCUCCAACGCCGUGGCCGGCGCGGGCGGCGCCAACUACCAUCACCAACACAACAGCGAUUUCAUCAACAACAGCACCAAGAACAACAACAAUGCCGCCUACGGCAAGGAAGCCGGAGUAGGAGGAGAAGAGGGUGCCGGAGACUCCACCGAUGACGAUGACGGCAACUACAUCCACCGCACCGACACCGCAGGGGUCGCCUCGACGACAGCAGGAGAGGAAGAAACUUACCCCGAGGGCGGGCUCCGGGCGUGGUCCGUCGUGCUGGGGUCCUGGCUGGCGCUCUUCUCGGCCCUGGGCAUCAUGAACAGCAUCGCCAUCUUCCAGACGUACGUUGCGACGCAUCAGCUCAAGGGAUACAGCGAGGGAACGAUUGGGUGGAUUUUCUCCGUGUAUACGUUCCUCUGCUUCUUUGGGGGUAUCUACAUCGGGCCCGUGUUUGAUCAGUAUGGCCCGCGGUGGCUCGUUCUCGCUGGGACGGUGUGUCUUGUCAUUGGCGUCAUGUUGUUGAGUAUAUGCACAGUAUACUGGCACUUCAUGCUCGCCUUCGGCAUCCUCUGCGGCCUCGGCAGCUCCCUCGUCUUCACCCCGUCCAUCGCAGCCGUAGGCCACUGGUUCAAGCGCCGCCGCGGCUUCGCGACAGGCAUGGCCUCCACCGGCGGCUCCAUCGGCGGCAUCAUCUUCCCCCUCAUGAUGAAGUCCCUCUUCCCCCGCAUCGGCUGGGGCUGGACCAUCCGCGCCGUCGGCUUCAUCUGCCUCGCCCUCUGCGGCGCCUCCAACUUCCUGAUCCGCUCGCGCCUCCCGCCCGCCCGCAACGCGAGCCCGCACCCGGACCCGCGCAUCUUCCGCAGCGCGGCCUUCAGUCUCACGACAGCGGGUAUUUUCCUGAUGGAGUUUGCGCUGUUUAUCCCGCUGACGUACAUCUCGAGCUACACGCUCAGCCAGGGGUUCAGCGAGUCCUUUGCCUUUUCCAUCCUGCCCAUCCUUAACGCCGGCAGCGUUCUAGGUAGGGCGCUGCCUGGUUGGUGGGCCGAUAGGGCCGGACCGUUUAACAGCAACAUGGCCGCCAUCGUGCUGUCCGCGGUCGCGUGCCUGGCCGUCUGGCUGCCCGCGGGCUCGACGGCCGCGGGCGUCAUCGUCUUUGCCGUGCUGUUUGGUUUUGCAAGCGGGAACAACAUCAGCAUCAGCCCCGUGUGCGUCGGGCGGCUGUGCAAGACGCAGCAUUACGGGCGGUACUACUCGACGACGUAUACCGCCGUCUCGGUCGCGUGCCUGAUUGGUAUUCCCAUUGGCGGCGAGAUUGUCACGGCGACGGGUGGCCAGUAUUGGGGUCUCAUUAUCUUCACUGGGCUGGUGUAUGUUUUGGCCUUGGCGGCGCUCAUGGCUGCCAAGUUUGUGUGCGUUGGAAAGGUUAUCUGGGGCAAUUUCUAG